UUAAGAUUAACAUUAACACUAACACGAUGCUUCGGUUUCUAGUUGUAAUGGUUGUGUCGGUAAUGGUGAAAGGAGAUAUUAUGUCUGAGAAUGAAUACACGAUAGAAUCAGUGAGAGCGUCUUUAGUUAGACAAGAAGACACCAUUGUAUUUGGUCUAAUUGAGAGAGCCAGGUUCCCCAUCAAUUCUCCAACAUACAAUCAACUUAAUGUUUCCAUUCCUAAUUUUAAUGGUUCGUUGUUCGACUUCAUUCUUAACCAAACAGAGGCCAUUCAAGCCAAGACUGGAAGAUACAUCAACCCCGAAGAAAAUCCCUAUACAGAAAAUUUACCACCCUCAGUUGUGCCACAUUACAACUUCUCAAAGUUUUUGCAUCCUACAACCGCUGUGAUUAACAUAAACGAGCGCAUAAAGAAAGCGUAUUUGAACGAGAUGCUUCCACUUUUUGUUGCUUCCGGGGAUGAUGGCAACUAUGCACAAACUGCAGCUAGUGAUCUUUCAUUAUUGCAGGCAAUCUCUAGAAGGAUUCAUUAUGGAAAGUUGGCAGCUGAGACGAAGUUUAGGGCAUCUCCUCGUGAAUAUGAGCCUUUAAUUCAUGCUCAGGAUAGGGAAGGAUUGAUGAAAUUGUUUACAGUAAAAAGCGUAGAAGAGAUAAUUCAAAAAAGGGUUCGAAAGAAGGCCAUGGUGUUUGGUCAAGAAGUGAGUCAUGACUCCGAAGUCAGUAGAAAAUACAAGGUUGAUCCAACAAUAGUUUCUCGCUUGUACCAAAAUUGGAUAAUACCCCUCACAAAAGUUGUUGAAGUAGAGUACUUACUACGACGUCUUGACUAAACCUAUUUGAUACAAUUGGUAGAACAAUAGUAUAUGUCGUUGUUAAAACCAAUAAAUUCUUUAAGCCUUUAAGAAAUCAACAAGGAGAUUUAAAAGAGCCA